GGAUGACAUGACAGUUGCACAAUCACCUUGCGAAAGCGAUGUUUUGAUUGAACUUUGAUUUUUAAAUUAUGUGCCUAUUUAACUUGUCCACUACAGUGUUAGUGACAAGUCACUUAGAUACUCCAGUCACCCAAUUUGUUUAUACAAUAAUAAUUGGGUGUAAUCCAUGACAUAACCUUAAAGCUAGAAACAUCCUGUUAUAAUUUUAUGUAAGUUACAUUACAUACAAUAAUCUGUGUCGGAAACUAUUGAAUAUGGAAAACGAAGCAAAAACCGUUAUACGUGUCGGUUCAAGGAAAAGCGAGCUGGCACUUAUACAAACCAACUUUGUAAUAGACUGCUUGAAGAAAUUACAACCAGAGAAAGAGUUUACUAUUGUAACCAUGACAACCCUAGGAGACCGUAUUUUAGACGUGUCCCUGCCGAAGAUCGGCGAGAAGUCUCUCUUUACCAAAGACCUGGAAGAUGCCCUGAGGAACGACAUGGUGGACUUUGUGGUGCAUUCGUUAAAGGAUCUGCCCACGUCUCUGCCGGAAGGGUUGGCUAUUGGAGCAGUGUUUGAAAGGGAAGAUCCUAGAGAUGCCUUAGUUCUCAGGGAAGACCUGAAAGAGCACACAUUGGAGACCCUGCCAGAAGGCUCCGUCAUUGGCACGUCAUCUCUCCGUCGCACAGCCCAGCUCCGCGGCAAACACCCACAAUUGUGCGUCCGCGACGUCCGCGGCAAUCUUAACACUCGUCUAAGAAAACUGGACGAAAAUGGUGAAUACUCGGCGCUGUUGCUGGCGGCCGCUGGGCUGCAACGAAUGGGGUGGAGUAACCGGAUAUCUAAGAUUCUUCCGUGCGCAGAAAUAAAAUACGCGGUAGGGCAGGGCGCUUUAGCUGUGGAGUGUCGCGCCGACAACGACGCCAUCUUAUCAUUGUUAGCGCCCUUCAACCACGCCGAGACUUACUGCAGGAUUCUGGCAGAGAGAAGCUUUCUCAAGACGCUCGGUGGAGGCUGCAGCGCACCCGUCGGCGUAUCCACCAGACUGAAGCCGUUCGACACACAAUUCAAACUGACCAUAUCCGGCGCAGUGUGGAGCCUCGACGGCGCCACCACCAUAGAGCAUUCCCUCGAACAAACCUUCCCACAGAUAAGAAAAACGGUCAAGCACAAACUCAGCCCGGACGAAACCGAAAAAACCGGUAAAAAACUCAAAACUAAUGUCAGUGACGACCCUAAUCAUCCUGAAGAAAUAAACAGAAGAAUAACGGAAAGAGCGGGAAAUUUAAAUUGCGAAGACACUAGAAGUUUAGAGGAGAUACUGGCUUUAAAAACGCCUAAGAUUUUUUGUGGUUUAAUAGAGAACUCAAACAUGCCUAUAGAUGUUAUAGAGAAAUGUGAUGAUUUGGGUAAAGAUUUGGCUGAAUCCCUUAUUUCCAAAGGCGCUUUAGAAGUUAUGAAGGUGACGCAAGAUUUAAUUAGAAGCUCUACUGUUGUAAAGUCCUGAUUUUUGAUGCUUUUUUAAUCGUCAUUUUUGUUUAGCAUAUUAUUUUACUCCAUAGACAAAGGACUUAUAUGUGAUAUAGAACCCUAUGUACAUGUACUAAGGUCGCUAUUAUACUGCCAGAUUUAUGACAAUAACCGACCAUCAAUAGUGUGUAGAAAAAAUAUACGCACCUAUUACAGGUUACAUGUAUCUUAUUGUUACACGGUUUUGAAAAACGUAUGCAAUAAAUGAUAUGAAUAGGUAUGAUGUUCGUAAUUCAGUUUCUGUAUUUUUAUCUCUGUUACUCCAUUGCAAGAUUCAGAGACGGAGUUACAAUAGCUUCGAAUUUCAAUUGUAGCAUCAUGAUACUGAACUCGUUAGGGCGUCGUGAGUUAUUGCUUUCAAUUUUUUUUGUUAGCUUAUCCAAUCAUGUUAGCGGGUGUGUGAGAUUUUUUCUGUCAAAUUAUCGAAAACGGAACUAUUGAAAAAUUGUACAUUAAUAUAUACUGUUGUAAAGUGUUGUAUAUGAUAUUUUAUUAUGAACAAAUAAGUUUAUACUAGUAUAAUUGUAGAUUUAUGUGUACUUAUUAUGAUGACAUAUUUUGUUGAAUUUUAAUUUUACUUGUUAAAUAUAAUGGUGACUGAUAUGGG